CUCUCUCGAUUGAUGGGACAAAAAGAAAGCUUUUCAAAAACUAUGAGUGCCUUCCCCAACACUAAAACUAACACAUACGCAGAACUCCAAAACCCUAGCUCUUCUUAUUUCUCUCUCCGCGUUUCUUUUAGAUUCUGUUUGGAUGCUUUGAAUCCUUUGAUAUAUUCACCCUUUUGUUUGCUGAUAUGGAAGAUAAAGAGGGGGGCAAUCCGGGAGCUGAGUUUACAUCGGAGUCGAGUUGGACACUUUCCGAGGGAGGACCUGACUCGGUGUCCAACGGCGUUUAUUACUUCUUCGACAGGGAGAGUAGUAUACUCAGUGAAUUCGGCUGGGAUCUAACGCCGGACCAUGCCGAUGAGUUUGGGCGGUUCACUGAACUAGAUCGGCCUGACUUGGCGGGAAACUUUAGCGGCUCACAAAACUGCGCUGCAGCUGAUGAUGUUGCUCGUUGUUCAGUUUCGGGUACGGCUUCGAAUCCGGGUGGGUCAGCUGAUGUGUCGACGUCGAAUCCGUCGGGGUAUUCGAGCUCCAGCGAGGAUCUGCCGGAGAAAUCUUCUGGAUCCGGCGGAAAACCGCCCGAUAUACCGAGUAAGGUGAGGAAGAAGGGGCUAAAACGAAUACGGCAGCCACGUUUUGCAUUUAUGACCAAGAGUGAGGUUGAUCAUCUUGAAGACGGCUAUCGAUGGCGGAAAUAUGGACAAAAAGCUGUUAAAAGCAGUCCAUUUCCUCGGAGCUAUUAUCGCUGUACAAACAACAAAUGCACAGUGAAGAAGAGGGUGGAACGCUCUUCCGAAGAUCCUACCAUUGUCAUUACUACAUAUGAAGGUCAACACUGUCAUCACACUGUAGCAUUCCCCAGAGGGGGACUCAUCAGCCAUGAAGCUGCCUUUGGUGGUCAAUUGACACCGGCAGUCUCACAAUUUUAUAAUCCAGGGCUACAGUUACAUAGGGAAAUUCCUCCGAGCAUAACACGAUCACAGUCAAAGGCACACGAAGCACCCACUGACGUAGGAGAAUCUCGACCAGUGCCCAAACCCACCGCCUCAAAGUCCCCGACAGAUGAAGGGUUACUCAGUGAUAUCGUCCCUCCCGGAAUGCGUAACAGAUGAUCAGAAAGAAAAUAUGGUAUGCACAUCUUCCUUGGAUUAAAUCAAGUUAAUUAAUGUGGUUGUCCAUUUGAAUAUGUGUGCUUUAAAUGGAGGAUUGCGGUAUCAUUUUUUUUAACUCAAAUUAGGAGGAACAAUCAGUACCAAAGUAGAUCGAUGCCAAAGGGAAAAUAUUGAAGUUAUAAGGAAGAUGCAAAGCUUAGUUAUUGAUGUGUAGUUCAACCUACCAUAGCCAUGAUGGAUGAGGCUUUCACAUGUGUAGACCUUCUUAGCUAUACUAGCUAGUGGACCACUGUGAUUAAUGUUUUGAUAUUCAACCCCACAAGCAUGAGAUAUAGAAAGCUCUUUGAUUGGUCAGUCUUAAUCUAUUGGAACAGAACUGUAUCGGAGUACUAAUAAAUAGGAUAGAAUUGAUCCUAAAUGUUUAUCGAUAUACUGGUAUCUACAGUGAUGUGGUAGGCCAGUCAUCCUAGUGAUUUCUUCGCUUGUUUCCACAUCAAGAAUAACGUCUGGACUCUGGUGCAUAAUUUUAUCGGCUAUUGUUCUUAGGGCGUUUGAUGUUGCCGGCUUUCUUAUGUUUAUCAGGAAUUUGGAAAGGCCUUUCUAGA